CGCAGGUCUUCCCCUGCUUUAGCGUCUCUCGAGACCCUUCCCUAGUUUCCUUCCCUUCCUCCCAUAGCCGCCCAUAGGCAGAGCGACAGAGCCGCGGCCAUGGAGGACGGCGGCUCGGAUUUCAGCGACUGGGAGGUGCUCUCCGCGGCCGAAGGCGAUGGAGACGUCGUCCUUGUAUCCGGCGAAGGCGGCGACGUCGUCCACGACCACUUCGCCCUCGACUCCCCUCCCCCCGCCGACUUCUCCGGCGAGGAUUCGUGGUCCGAGGCUGCCUCCGACAAGGAUGAGGACGAAGCAGGGUUAGGGUUACUGGAUAGUUUUGAUUCGAUUCCGCAGGAGAGGAUGGAUCUCAUCGCUGUCGUCGAUUCGAGCGCGCAACCCCAAUCAGGUGCGGUUGAUGUGACUGCACAGGGCUCGGUUCUUCGGGUCCCCGUGGUGUUUGAUGCGGCAUGCGGCGCAGAGGAGGAGGAAAUUGAGGCGUUAGGCGCGGAGAUAGACCAUGACGAGGUGGAUGCCGCGCGUAGGUGCGGCGAGUUGGAUUCUGUUCCGCAAGCAGCACAUCAAGCGGUGGAGGGAACUUUGGAUUUGGACGCAACUGCGGUAACCGGCGAGGAAUUCCAGAUAGAACUGUCUGAAAAUUAUAGUGUGCAACUGGAAGAUGGAGCAGGGGCCGAUGUCAAUAGAGAAAGCUCAGUUCAUGAAGCUGCCGCAACAAGUGAUGCAAUGCAUACUGCACAGGAGGAACCGGAGCAGGGGAAGGAUGCUGGUGCCGCUUCGGAUUGUGCUGAUGAAUCAGAUGGUUCUUCCCCUCUGGUUGAAACCCCAGGCACCGGUGAGGGAAAGAGCAGAUUAGUUGUGUGGUGGAGGCUGCCGAUUAAGUUGCUGCAUUACUAUGCCUGGAAGGUGAGGCCCGUUUGGUCGAUUUCCAUUGCUGCAGCGUUCCUGGGGAUAGUUGUGCUGGGGAGGAGGAUGUACAGGAUGAGGCGCAAGACCCAGGGUCUUCCCCAGAUUAAGAUUGCAUUUGAUGAUAAGAGCGCCUCCCAGUUUGCAGAACGUACGGCACGUCUCAACGAGGCUUUCUUGAUCGCAAAACGCGUACCUGCUUUGAGAACUUCAUCUGGUGCUGCACUCCCCUGGUCAAUGUUCCAAGAGAGAUGAGCCAGCCUGUCCUCAGCUUUCAUAAGAAGAUUCCCCAUUUGCAUGUCAGCCGCAUGGAAGUUUGAUAAAAACAAAACGUAGUAAGAGCAUGUCGAUUGGCCUUUACAUCGAUGUGGAUGCCUAAUGUGAUGUCUAUAGUCUUCUUGUUUCCUUUCUUUUAUUCGUGCUUGAUAGGUUUAAGUCCUUGGUCAAUGUAGUCCUGAACGAGUGAAUGUCCCAUUGCUCCAGACAUGUCUAUCUGUGUGAAUGCUAGACUGCUCAAACGGCAUUGUUUGCAAAUGUGAUGUGUUUUCUUAUGCUUGUUCUGCCUGUACUCAGCAAAAAGCUUUUAGGUGGGUUAGUUGGUUCA